AUGGGAUUUCAAAACAAUUUCAACCCAAAUUGGAGGAAUAACCAAAACAACCCUUAUCCACUAAAGCAAAAUCCACCAAAUCUUUUGAUGAGACCCCAACAUCCACAACACCAAUCCCAAAAACCUCCAUAUCCACAAAAUUCUUAUAACCCUCCAAAUUACCAACAACCUCCACAACAAGGCGAAUCAAGUGGUACCCAUCAAAUGAGCCUUCAAGAAUUUGUCACUUCUCUUGCUCAAAGCCAAACCCAAUUUCAACAAGAAACCAAGAAUAGUUUCUCCAACAUUCAAGCACAAAUUGGAGACUUGGCAACCGCUCUCAACAAGAUAGAACAAAUGGGUAAACUUCCAUCACAAACCGAGAAGAACCCCAAUGUGAGUGCCAUCACCUUGCAAAGUGGAAUAACACUUGGAGAAAGUCAACCUAAAAGAAUUUCAAGAGAAGACGAAGAUGAAGUGAUCAUUGUGGAAUCUCCAAAAGUUGUAGUUCCUCCAAAGGAACCGUUUGUGCCAAAUGUUGAUCAACCCGAUCCUUCCAACAAACCCAUCAAACCAUUGGUCAUACCACCACUUUUUCCAUCCCGGUUGGCUUCCUCAAAGAAACAAGAAGAAGAGAAAGAGUUUCUUGAGACUUUCCGCAAGGUUCAACUCAACAUUUCACUAUUGGAUGCCAUUAAGCAAAUCCCACGUUACGCCAAAUUUCUUAAGUAUUUGUGCACCAACAAGAGAAAAUUCAAGACAAAUGAGAAGAUUCAAGUCAAUGCAAAUGUAUCUGCGGUCAUCUAA